AAAUACACUACAAAUCUCUCACCUAAUCAACAAACAAUUCCCCACAAUAUUAAUUUUCAAAUCACAGCUCUGGCAACUCGCAACAAUCCCCAAUCUCAUCAAGAAACCAAGAAAUCAAAUAUGGUGUAUACAUACACACCCACAUAUUACUCCACAAUCCAUGACUCAAUCACUUCAAUAUGCAAGACUAUCCUCCCCUUCUCUUUCAAGAAGCGCAGAGGCUUGCCUGCUGCAGAUCACAAGCUCGCGAAGCUGCAGUCUGAUAAUCUGAAAUGGCAGCAAGAUUCUUUCCACCAGAUCUUGAACUUGAUGGGUCUUCACAGAGAAGGGAUUUUGGAUGAAUGUGAGGUCUCUGCUUUCCGGUCUCAUUUGCUCGACACCCUCAUCGCUUCUCCGCCCGAACACGAACAGCAAGUUAUUUUAAGAGACAAAUUGGUUUUCUUGCAGGAGCUUCUCUAUGCAAAGUGCAUUACGGAAGAGGAGUACCAUUCUUCCAAGAGGCCUCUGUUGCAGAGAUUGGCAGUGCAGGGAGCAGAAAUUGAGGCCAGAGAUGUUGUUGUUGGUGGAAGAAAAGAUCCAAAAGAUAUUUCAGAGGAGGAAUGGUCAGUUAUCGACUUGAGAGAUGAGAAAUGCUUAGUUAACAAGGAGAAUUUGCAUUCCAAGACCAAGUCCAAAAACAGCUCCGCAAUUAAGCAGAUCAAAGGAGCUGCAUCAGGUUUUGGCUUCUCAUCAUCUCACAAAAUUGGCAAGAACAGAGAAGAGAAGAGCAUAUUUGAAACCAUCGAUUCAAAAUUCUCUUCCACUGAAAACCCAUUUUGGGAUACUCAUUUGAAGGAUAAAGAAAGCGAAACGAAAUCAAUUCUUAUGCCAGAGAGCUCACCAAUGGAGAUCAUGAAGGAGAGUGGAAGCACUGACAGGGCUAAGAGGAAACCUUUCAAGACUCUGUUUCAAAGAGAGCAGAGAGAGGGACAGGGUGAUGGUGGUGGGGGUGGAUCUGGUACCAGAAAUGAUGAGAAAGCACCAAAAUCAGCGAAAAAACAAUGGGGUUUUGAUGGGUUUAAGAAAUGGAAGAAGAAUGAUUCGGAGGACGAAACAGCUCCUUUGCCUCUCAACUGUGAAAGAUCAGAUGGAGAUGCUUAUCCAGAUUCCUGCAAACUCGUAUCAAGCCCUGUUGGUGAGGGACCCGACACUAAACAAAUUAAGAGGAAGCUGCUGUCAGAUGGAUCGCCUUCGGAUUUCUUCAUCGACAAGGUGGUAGGGGAUAGAAUAAAGAAAGAGUUGUCGCGAAUCCAAACAGAACUCAACACAACAAACCCAAACCUUAAAUUCUCGGAUGAUGAAAUUGACGCCAUUUCCACCAAGCUUCCUGUUGAUAAGGCUGACCUGAAGAAGUUCUUUCCCAAGUCGUGGUGUGAUCGAUAUGGGGAUGUUGUAUUGGAUGUGGUGAAGAAAGAAUUCAAAGAACAUGUAGGAGAGAUGGAGGGAAUGCGAAAUGCGAGCAGAGAAAAACACAGCAGCAACUCAAUGCGAUGGACAACAUUUGAUGAUGACAAUGAAAACUCUCACCCAAAUCUUUUCGCUCAACAAGAUGCCAGUGCUGGUCACAGGAGCAGCGGUGCCAUGCGCUUCGGCACCAAUCCCUUCAUACAAGAGCAGAAUCCAUUCUGGAAUAAGAAUGGUGGCUAUGGUCUCUCCUAGUUUUUAUUCAUUCAAGUUUGUGUAAUAAUCUGAAGCAUAAGUAGAACUUGUUCAGUUUCUCACUAGACUCCAUUGAAAGAUGGAGUGCUGUAUGCACCUCAAAAGAAUGGACGUAUAAACCAUUGCUCGUGCAGGCACUUGUGUGCA